UUGAAUGCAAAUUAACUACUACUAUGACCAUAUACCACUCAUAAUUCACCUCGUUAGCAUACAAACAUUUUUUUGAACUUUUAUUGAAUAAUCUUAUGGCUACAUCUUUAUCCUAUUAAAUAAUUCACAGAGCCUGGAUGCACACAAAAUGUGAAUGGAAGUGCAAAAUGGCUGAAAAGAAAUCUUGGAGAUUUUUCAAUCUUUGCAAGUCUUGAGGAUCUUCAAAAAAUUAACUACGAUUUCUCUGCAGUGAGUAAUAUAUUAAUCUAUGAAUUCACAAUAUCAAUAUAUAUAUAUGUAAUACCAGAUAUUGACGUUUGUAUUUCCUUCUCUGAAAAUAAUGAUGUAUGAGUGAAAAAAAAAUAAUUUCAUGUUGUCACCAGAAAAAGGUUCUGGACGCCCUCUCACCAAAGCAGAAAGCUGAGCUGAUCCUGGAUCCAGACAGUGGCGCUUUGGAGGAUGAGGCCUUCGUAAGGGAGGUGUUGGCAAACUUGACAGAGUCCCCUGAUGAUGAGCAACUCAAUCAGUUUUUCCAGACUUUUGCAAACAUCAACAAGCAGAAAAACAUCACCCUCAUCAAAAAUCCAGAUGUUCGAGAUACCAUCUUGAACCUGACCUUGACAGCCCUUGCUCCUAGAUUUGAAACAUAUGAGCCUGAAGACUUUGAGCUGUGGUUCCAGGUCAAUUUGUUUACUGUGAUGGCAAGCCUCCACCCUGGCAGCUUGGUGGUGAUCCCCAGUAACAUCAGCUGUGCAUCCUACGCAGCUAUACUCACUGGUCUUCAGCGCAGAUUGGAAUCCCUGCAACUCCACCUUUCCCAGGGUGUGAGAUCAAGCAUAAAGUCAUUCAAGGAGACAUUCACACGUUGCUCAGUCCCAGAUUCCUUCAUGUGCAAGGAGACCCCGGUUCGUGAGGCCCUCAUCUGUGCUGCAGUCAAUAGAUCACAACUUGAACAAAGCCUGUCUGUUGGCAAUUCCUCUGAAGCCCUGUGCAAUUUUAACAUCACUGAGCAUGCCUGUUCCUCGGCUACACAUCUCACAGCCAGAAACUUGGUCACACUACUGAACUGCUCACUGGAAGGCCAAAGGACAUACCCAGUAGAGGUCUGGAAGCUUUUCUUCCAAAAAGCUUCUGCUGCACUAGACCAGGCUCUUGAGACAUUCGCCACCAUGGCCCCCAACAACAGCAACCCAUCCUUGUCACAUGCGCUUGAGGCUCUUGGAAAUGUGAGAAUUGCCAACUUCAGCCAGGCACAACUGCAGAGUAAUGCCUUUGUCAGCAGCUGGUUCCAGACAAAGAUUCGUCCAUUUCUGGCCUCUCCAUCCCCCAACUUCCUAUUCUGUCUUAGCUCCAAAAACUUCAGCUGCCAUACGUACCAGACUGUCAUCCAGGCAUUCAGCAGCCAAAGGGCAUCCAUGGACAGAGAAAGACAGCAAGCAGUCUUCACUCAUUUCAUCAAGCCAUUCCUUUCAAGGAAUGACUCAUCAGAUCCUGGCUGUGUUUCAUUUAUCAGAGGUAGUAAAGAGUGGCUACAGGCAAACCUUGGCAACUUCUCUGGUUUUGCAACCCUGCAGGAUCUGCAAGCCCUCAAUGCCAACUUCUCCAGCGACGAAAUAUUGUCAGUGCUCACUCCUACUCAGAUAGCACAGCUGACACUGAGCUCAGGGGCCUUGAAUGACACAGACCUAAUCGACGUAGUGUUUGAGCAACUCGAGGAGGGCGAUGCUCUGGAAAAUGUGGGUGAAUUCCUGAACGAGCUGACAGCAAAUGGAAAGGUCCCUGAUUUCUACCCUGCUGUGAGAGAUCGUGUGAUGAAUAGGACCUUCACUGUCAUCAGUCCUCAUUUCCCACGCUUCAAGGAAGACGACUGGUUUGAUUGGUUCCAUCUGAUACUGGUUCCUGUCCUCCCGAGUUUCCGUCCAACGAUGCUCAAGAAUGCGACUGCAAACAUAAACUGCACAAACUACCACAUUGUUGUGAGUGGGCUAGCCAAAGCUUACCCUGCAUUGACAUUGCAUAGACGACAAGCAAUCACAGAAGUUCUGCUGGGCUACCUGAGACAAUCUGCCAGCGUCAUCAACGAACCAGUUUGCAGGCAGGGAAUUCAGAAUGAUGCCCAAUGGCUUGAAGCAAACUUGGGUCCAUUUUCCAAAUACACAACAUACUCUGUCCUCAAAGUCUUCAACCUCUCUGUGGUGGACAUUUUGGACCCCCUCUCACCAAAGCAGAAAGCUGAGCUGAUCCUGGAUCCAGACAGUGGCGCUUUGGAGGAUGAGGCCUUCGUAAGGGAGGUGUUGGCAAACUUGACGGAGUCCCCUGAUGAUGAGCAACUCAAUCAGUUUUUCCAGACUUUUGAAAACAUCAACAAGCAGAAAAACAUCACCCUCAUCAAAAAUCCAGAUGUUCGAGAUACCAUCUUGAACCUGACCUUGACAGCCCUUGCUCCUAGAUUUGAAACAUAUGAGCCUGAAGACUUUGAGCUGUGGUUCCAGGUCAAUUUGUUUACUGUGAUGGCAAGCCUCCACCCUGGCAGCUUGGUGGUGAUCCCCAGUAACAUCAGCUGUGCAUCCUACGCAGCUAUACUCACUGGUCUUCAGCGCAGAUUGGAAUCCCUGCAACUCCACCUUUCCCAGGGUGUGAGAUCAAGCAUAAAGUCAUUCAAGGAGACAUUCACACGUUGCUCAGUCCCAGAUUCCUUCAUGUGCAAGGAGACCCCGGUUCGUGAGGCCCUCAUCUGUGCUGCAGUCAAUAGAUCACAACUUGAACAAAGCCUGUCUGUUGGCAAUUCCUCUGAAGCCCUGUGCAAUUUUAACAUCACUGAGCAUGCCUGUUCCUCGGCUACACAUCUCACAGCCAGAAACUUGGUCACACUACUGAACUGCUCACUGGAAGGCCAAAGGACAUACCCAGUAGAGGUCUGGAAGCUUUUCUUCCAAAAAGCUUCUGCUGCACUAGACCAGGCUCUUGAGACAUUCGCCACCAUGGCCCCCAACAACAGCAACCCAUCCUUGUCACAUGCGCUUGAGGCUCUUGGAAAUGUGAGAAUUGCCAACUUCAGCCAGGCACAACUGCAGAGUAAUGCCUUUGUCAGCAGCUGGUUCCAGACAAAGAUUCGUCCAUUUCUGGCCUCUCCAUCCCCCAACUUCCUAUUCUGUCUUAGCUCCAAAAACUUCAGCUGCCAUACGUACCAGACUGUCAUCCAGGCAUUCAGCAGCCAAAGGGCAUCCAUGGACAGAGAAAGACAGCAAGCAGUCUUCACUCAUUUCAUCAAGCCAUUCCUUUCAAGGAAUGACUCAUCAGAUCCUGGCUGUGUUUCAUUUAUCAGAGGUAGUAAAGAGUGGCUACAGGCAAACCUUGGCAACUUCUCUGGUUUUGCAACCCUGCAGGAUCUGCAAGCCCUCAAUGCCAACUUCUCCAGCGACGAAAUAUUGUCAGUGCUCACUCCUACUCAGAUAGCACAGCUGACACUGAGCUCAGGGGCCUUGAAUGACACAGACCUAAUCGACGUAGUGUUUGAGCAACUCGAGGAGGGCGAUGCUCUGGAAAAUGUGGGUGAAUUCCUGAACGAGCUGACAGCAAAUGGAAAGGUCCCUGAUUUCUACCCUGCUGUGAGAGAUCGUGUGAUGAAUAGGACCUUCACUGUCAUCAGUCCUCAUUUCCCACGCUUCAAGGAAGACGACUGGUUUGAUUGGUUCCAUCUGAUACUGGUUCCUGUCCUCCCGAGUUUCCGUCCAACGAUGCUCAAGAAUGCGACUGCAAACAUAAACUGCACAAACUACCACAUUGUUGUGAGUGGGCUAGCCAAAGCUUACCCUGCAUUGACAUUGCAUAGACGACAAGCAAUCACAGAAGUUCUGCUGGGCUACCUGAGACAAUCUGCCAGCGUCAUCAACGAACCAGUUUGCAGGCAGGGAAUUCAGAAUGAUGCCCAAUGGCUUGAAGCAAACUUGGGUCCAUUUUCCAAAUACACAACAUACUCUGUCCUCAAAGUCUUCAACCUCUCUGUGGUGGACAUUUUGGACCCCCUCUCACCAAAGCAGAAAGCUGAGCUGAUCCUGGAUCCAGACAGUGGCGCUUUGGAGGAUGUAGCCAUCGUAAGGGAGGUGUUGGAAAACUUGACAGAGUCCCCUGAUGAUGAGCAGCUCAAUCAGUUUUUCCAGACUUUUGAAAACAUCAACAAGCAGAAAAACAUCACCCUCAUCAAAAAUCCAGAUGUUCGAGAUACCAUCUUGAACCUGACCUUGACAGCCCUUGCUCCUAGAUUUGAAACAUAUGAGCCUGAAGACUUUGAGCUGUGGUUCCAGGUCAAUUUGUUUACUGUGAUGGCAAGCCUCCACCCUGGCAGCUUGGUGGUGAUCCCCAGUAACAUCAGCUGUGCAUCCUACGCAGCUAUACUCACUGGUCUUCAGCGCAGAUUGGAAUCCCUGCAACUCCACCUUUCCCAGGGUGUGAGAUCAAGCAUAAAGUCAUUCAAGGAGACAUUCACACGUUGCUCAGUCCCAGAUUCCUUCAUGUGCAAGGAGACCCCGGUUCGUGAGGCCCUCAUCUGUGCUGCAGUCAAUAGAUCACAACUUGAACAAAGCCUGUCUGUUGGCAAUUCCUCUGAAGCCCUGUGCAAUUUUAACAUCACUGAGCAUGCCUGUUCCUCGGCUACACAUCUCACAGCCAGAAACUUGGUCACACUACUGAACUGCUCACUGGAAGGCCAAAGGACAUACCCAGUAGAGGUCUGGAAGCUUUUCUUCCAAAAAGCUUCUGCUGCACUAGACCAGGCUCUUGAGACAUUCGCCACCAUGGCCCCCAACAACAGCAACCCAUCCUUGUCACAUGCGCUUGAGGCUCUUGGAAAUGUGAGAAUUGCCAACUUCAGCCAGGCACAACUGCAGAGUAAUGCCUUUGUCAGCAGCUGGUUCCAGACAAAGAUUCGUCCAUUUCUGGCCUCUCCAUCCCCCAACUUCCUAUUCUGUCUUAGCUCCAAAAACUUCAGCUGCCAUACGUACCAGACUGUCAUCCAGGCAUUCAGCAGCCAAAGGGCAUCCAUGGACAGAGAAAGACAGCAAGCAGUCUUCACUCAUUUCAUCAAGCCAUUCCUUUCAAGGAAUGACUCAUCAGAUCCUGGCUGUGUUUCAUUUAUCAGAGGUAGUAAAGAGUGGCUACAGGCAAACCUUGGCAACUUCUCUGGUUUUGCAACCCUGCAGGAUCUGCAAGCCCUCAAUGCCAACUUCUCCAGCGACGAAAUAUUGUCAGUGCUCACUCCUACUCAGAUAGCACAGCUGACACUGAGCUCAGGGGCCUUGAAUGACACAGACCUAAUCGACGUAGUGUUUGAGCAACUCGAGGAGGGCGAUGCUCUGGAAAAUGUGGGUGAAUUCCUGAACGAGCUGACAGCAAAUGGAAAGGUCCCUGAUUUCUACCCUGCUGUGAGAGAUCGUGUGAUGAAUAGGACCUUCACUGUCAUCAGUCCUCAUUUCCCACGCUUCAAGGAAGACGACUGGUUUGAUUGGUUCCAUCUGAUACUGGUUCCUGUCCUCCCGAGUUUCCGUCCAACGAUGCUCAAGAAUGCGACUGCAAACAUAAACUGCACAAACUACCACAUUGUUGUGAGUGGGCUAGCCAAAGCUUACCCUGCAUUGACAUUGCAUAGACGACAAGCAAUCACAGAAGUUCUGCUGGGCUACCUGAGACAAUCUGCCAGCGUCAUCAACGAACCAGUUUGCAGGCAGGGAAUUCAGAAUGAUGCCCAAUGGCUUGAAGCAAACUUGGGUCCAUUUUCCAAAUACACAACAUACUCUGUCCUCAAAGUCUUCAACCUCUCUGUGGUGGACAUUUUGGACCCCCUCUCACCAAAGCAGAAAGCUGAGCUGAUCCUGGAUCCAGACAGUGGCGCUUUGGAGGAUGUAGCCAUCGUAAGGGAGGUGUUGGAAAACUUGACAGAGUCCCCUGAUGAUGAGCAGCUCAAUCAGUUUUUCCAGACUUUUGAAAACAUCAACAAGCAGAAAAACAUCACCCUCAUCAAAAAUCCAGAUGUUCGAGAUACCAUCUUGAACCUGACCUUGACAGCCCUUGCUCCUAGAUUUGAAACAUAUGAGCCUGAAGACUUUGAGCUGUGGUUCCAGGUCAAUUUGUUUACUGUGAUGGCAAGCCUCCACCCUGGCAGCUUGGUGGUGAUCCCCAGUAACAUCAGCUGUGCAUCCUACGCAGCUAUACUCACUGGUCUUCAGCGCAGAUUGGAAUCCCUGCAACUCCACCUUUCCCAGGGUGUGAGAUCAAGCAUAAAGUCAUUCAAGGAGACAUUCACACGUUGCUCAGUCCCAGAUUCCUUCAUGUGCAAGGAGACCCCGGUUCGUGAGGCCCUCAUCUGUGCUGCAGUCAAUAGAUCACAACUUGAACAAAGCCUGUCUGUUGGCAAUUCCUCUGAAGCCCUGUGCAAUUUUAACAUCACUGAGCAUGCCUGUUCCUCGGCUACACAUCUCACAGCCAGAAACUUGGUCACACUACUGAACUGCUCACUGGAAGGCCAAAGGACAUACCCAGUAGAGGUCUGGAAGCUUUUCUUCCAAAAAGCUUCUGCUGCACUAGACCAGGCUCUUGAGACAUUCGCCACCAUGGCCCCCAACAACAGCAACCCAUCCUUGUCACAUGCGCUUGAGGCUCUUGGAAAUGUGAGAAUUGCCAACUUCAGCCAGGCACAACUGCAGAGUAAUGCCUUUGUCAGCAGCUGGUUCCAGACAAAGAUUCGUCCAUUUCUGGCCUCUCCAUCCCCCAACUUCCUAUUCUGUCUUAGCUCCAAAAACUUCAGCUGCCAUACGUACCAGACUGUCAUCCAGGCAUUCAGCAGCCAAAGGGCAUCCAUGGACAGAGAAAGACAGCAAGCAGUCUUCACUCAUUUCAUCAAGCCAUUCCUUUCAAGGAAUGACUCAUCAGAUCCUGGCUGUGUUUCAUUUAUCAGAGGUAGUAAAGAGUGGCUACAGGCAAACCUUGGCAACUUCUCUGGUUUUGCAACCCUGCAGGAUCUGCAAGCCCUCAAUGCCAACUUCUCCAGCGACGAAAUAUUGUCAGUGCUCACUCCUACUCAGAUAGCACAGCUGACACUGAGCUCAGGGGCCUUGAAUGACACAGACCUAAUCGACGUAGUGUUUGAGCAACUCGAGGAGGGCGAUGCUCUGGAAAAUGUGGGUGAAUUCCUGAACGAGCUGACAGCAAAUGGAAAGGUCCCUGAUUUCUACCCUGCUGUGAGAGAUCGUGUGAUGAAUAGGACCUUCACUGUCAUCAGUCCUCAUUUCCCACGCUUCAAGGAAGACGACUGGUUUGAUUGGUUCCAUCUGAUACUGGUUCCUGUCCUCCCGAGUUUCCGUCCAACGAUGCUCAAGAAUGCGACUGCAAACAUAAACUGCACAAACUACCACAUUGUUGUGAGUGGGCUAGCCAAAGCUUACCCUGCAUUGACAUUGCAUAGACGACAAGCAAUCACAGAAGUUCUGCUGGGCUACCUGAGACAAUCUGCCAGCGUCAUCAACGAACCAGUUUGCAGGCAGGGAAUUCAGAAUGAUGCCCAAUGGCUUGAAGCAAACUUGGGUCCAUUUUCCAAAUACACAACAUACUCUGUCCUCAAAGUCUUCAACCUCUCUGUGGUGGACAUUUUGGACCCCCUCUCACCAAAGCAGAAAGCUGAGCUGAUCCUGGAUCCAGACAGUGGCGCUUUGGAGGAUGUAGCCAUCGUAAGGGAGGUGUUGGAAAACUUGACAGAGUCCCCUGAUGAUGAGCAGCUCAAUCAGUUUUUCCAGACUUUUGAAAACAUCAACAAGCAGAAAAACAUCACCCUCAUCAAAAAUCCAGAUGUUCGAGAUACCAUCUUGAACCUGACCUUGACAGCCCUUGCUCCUAGAUUUGAAACAUAUGAGCCUGAAGACUUUGAGCUGUGGUUCCAGGUCAAUUUGUUUACUGUGAUGGCAAGCCUCCACCCUGGCAGCUUGGUGGUGAUCCCCAGUAACAUCAGCUGUGCAUCCUACGCAGCUAUACUCACUGGUCUUCAGCGCAGAUUGGAAUCCCUGCAACUCCACCUUUCCCAGGGUGUGAGAUCAAGCAUAAAGUCAUUCAAGGAGACAUUCACACGUUGCUCAGUCCCAGAUUCCUUCAUGUGCAAGGAGACCCCGGUUCGUGAGGCCCUCAUCUGUGCUGCAGUCAAUAGAUCACAACUUGAACAAAGCCUGUCUGUUGGCAAUUCCUCUGAAGCCCUGUGCAAUUUUAACAUCACUGAGCAUGCCUGUUCCUCGGCUACACAUCUCACAGCCAGAAACUUGGUCACACUACUGAACUGCUCACUGGAAGGCCAAAGGACAUACCCAGUAGAGGUCUGGAAGCUUUUCUUCCAAAAAGCUUCUGCUGCACUAGACCAGGCUCUUGAGACAUUCGCCACCAUGGCCCCCAACAACAGCAACCCAUCCUUGUCACAUGCGCUUGAGGCUCUUGGAAAUGUGAGAAUUGCCAACUUCAGCCAGGCACAACUGCAGAGUAAUGCCUUUGUCAGCAGCUGGUUCCAGACAAAGAUUCGUCCAUUUCUGGCCUCUCCAUCCCCCAACUUCCUAUUCUGUCUUAGCUCCAAAAACUUCAGCUGCCAUACGUACCAGACUGUCAUCCAGGCAUUCAGCAGCCAAAGGGCAUCCAUGGACAGAGAAAGACAGCAAGCAGUCUUCACUCAUUUCAUCAAGCCAUUCCUUUCAAGGAAUGACUCAUCAGAUCCUGGCUGUGUUUCAUUUAUCAGAGGUAGUAAAGAGUGGCUACAGGCAAACCUUGGCAACUUCUCUGGUUUUGCAACCCUGCAGGAUCUGCAAGCCCUCAAUGCCAACUUCUCCAGCGACGAAAUAUUGUCAGUGCUCACUCCUACUCAGAUAGCACAGCUGACACUGAGCUCAGGGGCCUUGAAUGACACAGACCUAAUCGACGUAGUGUUUGAGCAACUCGAGGAGGGCGAUGCUCUGGAAAAUGUGGGUGAAUUCCUGAACGAGCUGACAGCAAAUGGAAAGGUCCCUGAUUUCUACCCUGCUGUGAGAGAUCGUGUGAUGAAUAGGACCUUCACUGUCAUCAGUCCUCAUUUCCCACGCUUCAAGGAAGACGACUGGUUUGAUUGGUUCCAUCUGAUACUGGUUCCUGUCCUCCCGAGUUUCCGUCCAACGAUGCUCAAGAAUGCGACUGCAAACAUAAACUGCACAAACUACCACAUUGUUGUGAGUGGGCUAGCCAAAGCUUACCCUGCAUUGACAUUGCAUAGACGACAAGCAAUCACAGAAGUUCUGCUGGGCUACCUGAGACAAUCUGCCAGCGUCAUCAACGAACCAGUUUGCAGGCAGGGAAUUCAGAAUGAUGCCCAAUGGCUUGAAGCAAACUUGGGUCCAUUUUCCAAAUACACAACAUACUCUGUCCUCAAAGUCUUCAACCUCUCUGUGGUGGACAUUUUGGACCCCCUCUCACCAAAGCAGAAAGCUGAGCUGAUCCUGGAUCCAGACAGUGGCGCUUUGGAGGAUGUAGCCAUCGUAAGGGAGGUGUUGGAAAACUUGACAGAGUCCCCUGAUGAUGAGCAGCUCAAUCAGUUUUUCCAGACUUUUGAAAACAUCAACAAGCAGAAAAACAUCACCCUCAUCAAAAAUCCAGAUGUUCGAGAUACCAUCUUGAACCUGACCUUGACAGCCCUUGCUCCUAGAUUUGAAACAUAUGAGCCUGAAGACUUUGAGCUGUGGUUCCAGGUCAAUUUGUUUACUGUGAUGGCAAGCCUCCACCCUGGCAGCUUGGUGGUGAUCCCCAGUAACAUCAGCUGUGCAUCCUACGCAGCUAUACUCACUGGUCUUCAGCGCAGAUUGGAAUCCCUGCAACUCCACCUUUCCCAGGGUGUGAGAUCAAGCAUAAAGUCAUUCAAGGAGACAUUCACACGUUGCUCAGUCCCAGAUUCCUUCAUGUGCAAGGAGACCCCGGUUCGUGAGGCCCUCAUCUGUGCUGCAGUCAAUAGAUCACAACUUGAACAAAGCCUGUCUGUUGGCAAUUCCUCUGAAGCCCUGUGCAAUUUUAACAUCACUGAGCAUGCCUGUUCCUCGGCUACACAUCUCACAGCCAGAAACUUGGUCACACUACUGAACUGCUCACUGGAAGGCCAAAGGACAUACCCAGUAGAGGUCUGGAAGCUUUUCUUCCAAAAAGCUUCUGCUGCACUAGACCAGGCUCUUGAGACAUUCGCCACCAUGGCCCCCAACAACAGCAACCCAUCCUUGUCACAUGCGCUUGAGGCUCUUGGAAAUGUGAGAAUUGCCAACUUCAGCCAGGCACAACUGCAGAGUAAUGCCUUUGUCAGCAGCUGGUUCCAGACAAAGAUUCGUCCAUUUCUGGCCUCUCCAUCCCCCAACUUCCUAUUCUGUCUUAGCUCCAAAAACUUCAGCUGCCAUACGUACCAGACUGUCAUCCAGGCAUUCAGCAGCCAAAGGGCAUCCAUGGACAGAGAAAGACAGCAAGCAGUCUUCACUCAUUUCAUCAAGCCAUUCCUUUCAAGGAAUGACUCAUCAGAUCCUGGCUGUGUUUCAUUUAUCAGAGGUAGUAAAGAGUGGCUACAGGCAAACCUUGGCAACUUCUCUGGUUUUGCAACCCUGCAGGAUCUGCAAGCCCUCAAUGCCAACUUCUCCAGCGUAAGUGGCGACUGCGGUUGUAGUAUUCCUCUCCCAAACUGAAAUGUCUUAUUUUUUUUUUUUUGCAAUUACUGCUGUUCAACCCUUGAUCACUUUCUGAAUGAUCCAGGAAAUUCCCUAUACUCACAUAGUAACGAGAGUAUGUGUUACCAUUAUUACCAUAUAUAUGAUGCUAAUACAGAUUGGUUACAAUUUCACUUCUAUUACAGUUCCUAAUCAGCCAAUUGAACAGUAUCUUAACUUUAGAAUUCAGGGUAAAACCCCACACACCAGAGUUUGGUUUAAAAGUGAACCAACUAGGUACAGUUUUAUAAUCCGCACAAGAGUUUAACUGUCUGAGUUCACAUCAGCCCAUACAAUCUGAUUCCAACAGGCAAAAGGAUAAAAGUGACAGAGUUACUUGAACUCAUUGGGCCCUUUUUGACACCCGACUCACAGCAGCGCACAGCACAGCACAAUGCGACUGUCAUUGCUAGUUUCAGACCAAAGCAUUUGUCAUUUUCACGCCCAGCACCCAAGUUGUGUAAGUAGUAAAUGUACUUGCGCCCAUCUGUGAGCCCAUGGGCAUGUUGGUCUUAAAAUUAGGUGUUGUCAGGUGUAUUGUUGGUGCAUUGCUAUCUUGAGGCAGUAGUAAGCCAUUGCAUCAUUGAGCAACAAAAACCUUGUCUAAAGACAAUGCUGCAGUAUUUUCCUGCUAUUUAAAGGGUGCAUUAUUCAGAUUGUAAGAUGCGCCUACUUGUGUUCUCAACACGUGUACACACUGCUUGUUACUCACACAGAGACACGCAGCCGCGUUUUCCUCCUCAGUUUAAUAAGUUAUCGGUGCAUUUUCUCAUGUGUAUUGGGAGAUAGCGGAGGCAGAGGGUCCACUGGCCAAGGACCACAUACCUGUCCCUUCCUUCCCUUCACAAUAUACCCCGGCAACAUGAAUUAAGCAUAC